AUGUCUGCGGUUGUAACAAAUAACACUAUUAGCAACAAAGACUUCAUUGAUGAUGAUAAGGGAGCUUUUGAAUAUGUUGAAGGAGAUAGUGAAGGAGUUGACUUAACUCCAGUAGCAUCAGAAUAUUGGGUGAACUUACCUGAAUCGUUACAAGGGUUGAGUGUAGACGAGCUCGAGCAAUUGGAGAAGAGAACCAAGUGGAAGAUUGAUAUAAGAAUCCUACCAAUGUUGGUGUACAUUUAUAUCUUGAACUAUUUAGACAGAAAUAACAUUGCUACGGCUCGUCUAGGUGGGUUGGAAAAGGAAUUAGGAUUGAAAGGUUCUGAAUAUCAAACCGCCAUUUCUAUUCUCUUUGUGGGUUAUAUAUUGAUGCAAAUUCCUUCCAACAUGAUCUUAAACAAGUUGGGAAGACCAGCUUUAUAUAUGACAGUCGUUAUGACUCUCUGGGGUGUCAUUUCUGCCUGUUGUGGUGCCGUUCAAAAUUAUGCUGGUUUAGUGGUGGUUAGAUUUCUUUUGGGUUGGAUCGAAGCUGGAUUCUUUGGCUCGGCCUUAUACUACUUAUCUAUGUGGUACACAAGAAAGGAAUUGGCUUUGAGAAACUCCAUUUUAUACUCUGGUUCUUUGAUUUCCUCUGCAGUUUCUGGUUUGAUAGGUCUCGGGAUCCUUGAAGGAAUGGAAGGUGUUCAUGGAAUUUCUGCUUGGAGAUGGCUUUUCAUCAUCGAAGGUGCAAUUACCGUUGGUUCAGUGCCCUUUGCAUACGUUAUCUUACCAGAUAAGCCAUCCAAUACCAAGUUUUUGAGUCAACAAGAAAAGGACAUGGUAAUGUGGAAAUUGACCCAAGAAGUUGGUCAAGCCGAUGACGAUGAAAAGCAAAGCAAGGGUUACUACAAAGAUGCAUUAUUAUUGGCUUUAAAGGAUAUGAAGGUUUGGCUUGUUACAGGUAUAUUGUCAACCUUGGUUGCUGCUGCAGGUGUCACUAACUUUUUCCCCUCUGUUGUUUCCACCUUAGGAUUUAAUAGAAAGACUACUUUGGGUUUGACUGCUCCACCUUACGGUAUUGCAGUAGUAGCCACAUUUAUAUGGGCCAGACACGCUGAUAAGACAGGAGAAAGAUAUUUCCAUGUGGUCAUUCCAUUGUUGUUAUCAAUGGUAUCUUUUAUCAUAGCCGUAGCUACUUUGAGUACCGCAGGAAGAUACUUUGCUAUGUGUAUGAUGGUUCCUUCUAUGUACUGUGCAUUCACAGUUAUUUUGACCUGGAUGUCAAACUGUGUUCCUCGUCCACCAUUGAAGCGUGCUAUUUCUCUUUCAUUGAUGAAUUGUUUGGCCAAUUCCACUUCCAUCUGGAACGCAUAUUUGUAUCCAUCCAAUGACGCGCCUCGUUAUUUAAAAGCGUUCUGUUGCAACAUUGGUUUCCUUGCGGUUUCCAUCAUAUUGGCCACAAUCUUGAGAAUUAGAAUCUCUCGUUUGAACAAGAGAAUCGCUCAAGGUACAAUGAACUGGUGGAGAGAAUUGGGUAACGAUGGUUCCCAUAUUUCACCUGAUUUCAGAUACUUGAAAUAA